AUGAAAUCUGCUCUUGCUUUUACUCUCCUUUUGGCUGCUGCUUCUGCUGCUCCUGCUAACCACCGUCACCACGACCACAAGAGAGACAACAACGGUGGCUCUUCGAACCCUUUUGCCGGUGAUCUUUCUGCUUUCUCUGACCCAACCAAGCCUUUCGAGGAUGGUGUCCAUGACUGUAGCUCUUUGCCAACCGGCCAAGGUGUCAUUGCUGUCGACUGGAUCUCUGGUUUGAACGGUGGUUACACUUCGAUCAUGAACCUUCAAGGUGGUACCUCGAACACUUGUUCCGAUGGUUACUACUGUUCUUACGCUUGUCAAGCUGGUAUGUCCAAGACCCAAUGGCCAUCCAACCAACCAAGCAACGGUAUGUCCGUUGGUGGUUUGCUCUGUAAGGGCGGUAAGUUGUACCGUUCCAACCCAGACCAACAGUACUUGUGUAACUGGGACAAGCAAACUGCUUCUUUCGUCUCCAAGCUUAGUAAGGACGUCGCUAUUUGCAGAACCGACUACCCAGGUUCCGAGAACAUGAACAACCCAACCUUGUUGCAAGCCGGUGGCUCUGCUCCAGUCUCCGUUGUUCACGCCGAGACCUACUUCACUUGGAAGAACGGUAAGUCUUCUGCUCAAUACUACGUCAACAACGCCGGUGUCACUGUUCAAAACGGUUGCGUCUGGGGUUCUGCUGGCUCUGGUGUUGGUAACUGGGCUCCUGUUGUUCUUGGUGCCGGCCAGAACGGCGGCAACACCUACUUGUCCUUGAUUCCAAACCCAAACAACAAGGACGCUCCAAACUACAACAUUAAGAUUGUUGGUGCUGACGGCUCCAGCACUGUUGGCACCUGUAAGUACGAGAAUGGUAGCUACCAAGGUGGUAACGGUUCUGAUGGUUGUACCUUCACCGUUACUGGUGGUACUGCCCAAUUCGUCUUCUACUAG